GUUCGUUCGGGAAACGGGGAUACGUCCACGUUCGUUGCAUUCCUGUGGGCAUUCGCGAUUCCAACAUGGCCGCUGGGACUAGCCGUGACCGCUGGGUCCGCGGAAGCCAUGUUGGCAGGUGUGCUCGACUCGAGAUAACCAGUUCACGUUCGUGGAACGCACGCGGCUCGACAAACGGGAGCGAGUUCCACGUAUUAUCGGGGAAUCGGAUGGAAAAUGCGAUAUAACGAGGAGCCAUAACUGCCUCGCUAUCGGGCACGAACACCUUCGGCUUGGGACUAAUUAGAUUUUUAUUACAUAUCCGACACUACAUCUCCAAUUAUUAGAAAGAUCUCCCUCUUGUGAUCUUUAGGAGAUUUUAUCAAUUAGCUGUGCAUAUCGAGAUGAUCAAUUUUUGAUACACAAAUAAGCUUGUUGACACAAGGUGCAAUUUAGAGUAGUGCAAGUUUUUUUGCCGAUUGAAAUUUAUGUGGAGAUAUAAUCUGAGAAUAUUGGGAAGGUCGCGGGAGAAUUGGAGGAUUAAUUGAUACGUGAAAACAAUAGACAUUGAUGUUUAAUGGGAGUCACGGACGAAUGGCAAGAUGGCGGAUAUGUUUAACACGGUUUACGUUUAACCUUGUCACGUGGAUACUCGUGUUUGGUGUCAUCGGUAUGCCGACAGACAUCGUGGCGUCGUCGGCCUCGGCCUCGGCCACGAUCUCGGAAGAGACGAGCAGAGGUCGCGAGCUGGGCCUUGGGCCGUCUCCAAGGUCAGCUCCCUCUUCAGCGGGCGCAUCAUCCUCAGGAUCAGCGGCACAGUCGACCUCCAGGGGUUUCGACCCGUCUAGCGCCCUGGCCGCUUAUCACCACCAUCGACAUGGCCUAGUUGCCGGCCUGGGUCAUCCUCAUCACCGUGAAUCGUCGGCGUUCGUGCCCGUCGUGCCCUCGCGGUUGCAUCUGGCGCCCUAUCCGGGGGAGAUGCACCCCCACCUAACUGGGCCACCACCCUCCUCGUCGACCGCGUCCAAUCCUGACCACGAAGUGGCGGAGACCGCCGUGGCCAGGAAAUCCUCGUCCAGCUACGAGAUCAUGGCUAUGAUGGUCGACAAGAGAAAAGAGCUGGCCGCGAGGGCUCUUCUUCUUCCUCCACCACCCCUUCUGGAACCGCCACCCGGCUACCCCGUCUUCGCGGGCCCUUUUCCCGGCGGUUCGGCUCUGUACCCUCCGGGUGGACCCCUGGCGCACCAGCAUUUGGACAGGAGACUACUCAGGGCGCCUGGGAGAGCGUCCAGACCUAAGAAGCAGUUCAUUUGUAAAUUUUGUAACCGACAGUUCACGAAGUCGUAUAAUCUGCUGAUUCACGAGAGGACACACACGGACGAACGACCAUACUCCUGCGAUAUAUGCGGCAAGGCUUUCAGGAGACAGGAUCACCUUCGAGAUCAUAGGUACAUCCACAGCAAAGAGAAGCCCUUCAAAUGCGGCGAGUGCGGUAAAGGUUUCUGUCAGAGCCGCACCCUAGCAGUGCACAAGAUCCUGCACAUGGAGGAGUCCCCACACAAGUGUCCAGUGUGUGCCCGCAGCUUCAAUCAGCGCAGCAACCUGAAGACCCACCUUCUAACCCACACGGACCACAAACCAUACGAGUGUACCUCUUGCGGCAAGGUGUUCCGCAGGAACUGCGACCUGAGGAGGCACGCGUUGACCCACGCAGUGGGCGACGUGCCCCCCGAAGCCCUCGAGGAGGCCCUCAGAGACGACGACAGCCCCGAGGAAGAUUGUCCGGAAGCAAGUUCAUCCUCCACGUCGGUGUCCACGAAUUCUUCCUUGCCGACCGGCUCCACGAACGCCACAUAUCCUCAAGGUUCAUCAGGACCGCAACCACCCCCAGCUCCAGCCUCUUCGUCUCUUCCGCAGAGACCGCAGUUGCAGAUCAGAAGAGACUUACUUCCAGCUGCGAAACCGUCCACGGUGACCAGCGGAGGAUCCGGCAGCCAUUCGGUCACUCAGAAUCCUCCGGCGGCGCUACCACCGCCUCCGCCGUUAAUUUUGUCCUCGUACAGGCGAAGGAUCGGAUCGCCAGGUCCGUCUAGAAUGCUCCUGGAACUCCAGGAACGCGAGAGGGAAAGAGAACGAGAGAUCGAACAGAGCAGGGAGAGGGAACGGGAGAGGGACAGAGAACGAGAGGAAGAGGUGACACGACCUCCUAGAGCACCCACCCCGCAACCUCCACCGCCGCCGAGACCCACCCCUGCCAGACAAGGAUUCACCAUAGCGGACAUCAUGCGUCGAUAGGCGAUCGAUCUCCUGUGAAAUUAGGCCAAAGGGGAGGACUUGUCCGGACUUUGUUGGAAGUGGCUUUAGAUUGUUAAACGCUUUUGCUGUUGUGUAUUGAGCAUGGUAGUCUUCUUUUGAGAAUUGGCGAUAUGGGAGAUGCAAAUUUUUGUGGAUCUAAUUUUAUUUUUGCGAUUUGGGUUUAUAAUGCAAUGUUACCUUGUAGAAAGUAAAUGAAGGAAUGGAGUACAUGAAUUAUUUUACUUUGAUGAAAUUGUAAUUUUAAUGAUUUUAAUUAUACUUCGAGUAUGAUAUUCGUAUUGUAACUAAUACUGGGGUGAGUGGAGAUCGCAUUGCUGUUUUUCCUAGGGAUUGUACAAGUAGUGGGAACUUCUAGGACAAAUGGCGACGUAGAGAAACUUCACCAUUCGUAAUAUCUCAGUUAUCAAAAUAUCAAAAUUGUCAAAGUAAUG